GAGACUUUGAAAUAGCUUCAAUUGAUCCUGAGCAAGCUUCAUAAACCCUCAGCAUGUCUCUCACAGGCCUCGUCGUCCUCCCAGGCGACCCAAUCCUGCCCUCCCAUCUCCCCUCAUCCUCCAAAAACCCAGGCAAGGCACUCACCAUCGGCCCCGGACUACGACACAUCCCGCCCACCACAGUCACACCCACAACCGGCGGCGCCCUCAUCGCAGACGACCGGAAACCGGCAGUAUGGGUCGAGAACAACAGCGGCCGUUACAUCCCCGCCGUCGGCGACCUCGUAAUCUGCACCGUCCAACGCGGCAGCGCCGAAUGGUACUACUGCUCCAUCACGCCGCACACGCCGCUCGCGACGCUGGGCAAUCUGGAGUUCGAGGGUGCGAACAGGAAGAACAGGCCGAAUAUGCUGCCGGGCGCGCUUGUGUAUGCGCGCAUUGUGAGCGCGCAUCCGAAUCCGCCGCAUCAGGAGCCGACGUUGACUUGUAUAUCGCCGACGACGCAGAAGGCAGAUGGUAUGGGCCCGUUGAAGGGCGGGAUGGUGUUCCGUGUUAGCUUGGGGCUGGCGAGGAGGUUGUUGAUGGGCAGUAAGGGCAAGUUGGAUGUGUUGGAGAGGUUGGCGCAGAAGGGGGUGCGGUUUGAGAUUGCGGUGGGGAGGAAUGGGGUUGUCUGGGUUGAGGGGCAGGGUGGGGAUGUGAAGACUACGUUGGCAGUUGGGAGGCUGUUGCAGGAAGUUGAUGAAAAGGUUGCGACGUUAGAGGAGCAGGGGAAGAUGGUUGAGAAGGUGGCGAGGACGCUGAAAUGAUUGCGCGGAAGCGUAAGGUCGUGUUCGAGCAUUGCGAUGGCGUCUGGUUGAAUGCAUCUGCGGGCGUUCUUGGUCAUAAAAGCACAUUUUGUAGGGAGAUUGUAUCGAUGUCACCAGUCCAGUGUCGGACGGUUAUUGUUCUCAGCAUUCCUAU